GAGAAAGUUCUACAAUUCCGUGUAGGAUACGUUUAUUAAUUAAAUAUAAGUACAAAAAUACAGAAGAUGGGGACCUUCGAGAAAUAAAACGAGAAAUGGGCACGGCAGCGAAAAAAAAUCAAUUAAACGCUGAACAUAUUUAACCUUUAAAAAGCUCCACCGUGCACAGUUUGUAAUUAGAGAGAAACAAACGAAUGAACUAAUCUAUCAGUGUACAGCAGGGAAAUAAUGUUUUGGGAUAAAGGAAAAACGCAAUGGGUUGAACAGUGCUUUCCUGCAUUUCAAAGAUCUGUGAGAGUCAAUGGAUUUGGUAACUUUGUACGAUGAGCUCGGAAUUGACGAUUCCUCGCUGGACAACAUGAUGAAUGGAGAAGCCAACUACAAGAGUCGUGAAGAACAAAAUUACGAUGCUGCGUAUCAGCGAAUGCCUACAGUGAUCUUCCUAGGAAUUCUUAUUUUUGUGGGAGUAAUUGGAAAUAUAAUCGUCCUUGUUGUAUACAUCCGGAAAUAUCCCUCCACGACGUUUAAAUUCUACAUUUUAGCCUUAGCCGUCAUUGACCUUUUAACAUGCAGUAUCAGCAUGCCAUUUGAAAUCGCGGACAACGUUCUUCCUUUUUUAUUUUUCAAUGAAACGUUAUGUCAAGUGGGGCGUUUUCUAGGAAAUGUGUUCAAAAUUGCUUCGGCUUUUGUGAUUGUCGUCAUGGCAAUAGGGAGAUACAAGAAGAUAUGUCAUCCAUUCAGCAAGAGUACAACCAUAUCUCAAGCUAGGCUAGCAUGCGUUGCCUCUGUAGUUCUAGCAAUUGUGUUUUCAUGGCCGACUAUAUUAAUCCAAGGCAUAAGGGAACGCAAUCUUAAAUUCAACAUCACAGGUUUUGACUGUACGAUAAACUCGGACAUGGCACAUACGAAUUAUCCAUUUAUAUUUUCUACCGUGUUGUUUUCAUUGUACGCUAUUGUGUUUUUAGCAUUAGUGGUCCUGUAUAGUUUAGUUAUUUACUCCCUCAAUCAGCACGCUAAAGAACAAGAACAGUUUGCCUUCAAUGACAACGUUAGGAAAUCCAAUCCAAGAAUCACAAAAAUGAUGAUAGCAAUAACAGUUGCUUUUAUUUUGUGUUAUAUACCUAACUGUAUUCUUGACGCCAUCUCUACAUUCAAACACGGAUACGUAGCGCCCCCUAGUCCCAUUGUCCUGGCAACAUUUCCUUUGAUUGCAAGGACAUUCUUCAUCAACAAUGUCAUAAAUCCGUUCAUCUACUUAUUCGGAGACCCAAAAUUCAGAAAUAUCAUAAGACAGACUAUACGAUGGCUGUUUUACACAAUUUGCAAGCCAGGGAAAAAGAAGUUGAAAGAUUUUACAGUGGCUGAGACGAUGCAUCUAACAGACGUGAAACACAUAUCACAUUCUUAAUUAAAAAAACAA